UCGACCCCUAGCCUGGGAACCUCCCUAUGCCACAGGUGCAGCCCUAAAAAAGGAAAAAAGCUGAUAAAAAUCAAAUUCCAGUUGAGCUUAAUGUGCUUCUUGUGUUGCAAAAUCCUAAGGGUGUAGGUAUGUGUCUAAUUAUAGUUCACCAAACUCAUACUUUUUGUUUUGGUUCUCCUGUCUUUUCAGUUUAGGAGCUCGGAAAGCUCUGACAUCUGUUCUCUAUCUUAGGGUUCAAAGCACUGUUGUCUGCUUCUCCCUGCCUCACACACAUGAGUUCAUUAGAUAAAGCCGUUCCAGUCUCCGGCUGCGAGAUGAUCUCUUGAGACAUCUCUGUGAGGCAGAACACGGCAGACCUCAAGGUCUUAUCUCCUGUGGGCCGUCUGUUUUACCCCAUCAGGCUCCUCACCUACAGCCCAAUAAAGCAGACUCCCCAGCCGGCGGGAGCGGCUGGGCAGGCAGACACGGUUCCUGGAGCCGCAGACCUCGCCCUCCACGGCCUUCUCUGUCGCAGACCUGAAAAAAUGGCUUUCUUCUCAUCAAGGGUCAGAGCUCUUUUCAUCAUUGCCUUGGUACUACCUCUUUGUUCUGAAACUGGUUUUGCACGUUCAAAAAAAACCCGCAAAGAGCCAGACUGUAAUGUGUACAGGAGUCAUUUAUUUUUUUGCACCAGAGAAAUGGAUCCAAUCUGUGGAACCAAUGGCAAAUCGUACUCCAAUCCCUGCAUAUUCUGCAGUGAAAAGCUAGGAAGGAAUGAAAAGUUGGACUUUGGUUAUUGGGGUCGUUGCCGGGAACACGCCUCAGCCGCACGCUCCUGAUGGUUUUCAUAGCAGUCGUAUUUUGCAAUAGAUUCCACAAGCCGUGAGUCUUCUCAGUCAGGCCUUCACAUUCCUGGGUGAGCAGACAGCGCCUUCCAUGGCACGCAAGGCGGAAUACAGAAUGCCAACAAUUUCUCCUACGCUAAGAACCUGCAAACGACGGAUUCUUAUUUUCUAUGUUCAAUUAUUCAGUGACAGUUGAAAACCUAUCUUAAUUGUGUGUUUGCUAGUAGAAAACCCAAUGCAACUUAUAAUCAUGACUGUUUCAAUCAAUAAAAUGAUAAACAGUA